GUAAGCAUAGUCACCGGAAGUCCUAGCUAUUAUAUUUGCUUAUGAUGGCGGCGUUGGUGGUUCCUCGCCUCGCCGCGUUUGGUACCUUUUCAUCAAGAUCUAUUUCAGUAUUUGCGAUACAAACGUGCCCGUCGCUACACCACAUUGCUAAAAGUGGCAAUGCUACAUGUGUGGUUUCAGUCAGAGAGAAAAGCACAGCGGUGGCUGCUGCCAAGCCAGCUGCAGUAACAAGCAGCAAGGGAGAGUAUGUUAUCACUAAGCUGGAUGAUCUGGUGAAUUGGGCACGCAGGAGCUCCCUAUGGCCCAUGACGUUUGGACUGGCGUGCUGUGCGGUGGAGAUGAUGCACAUGGCGGCUCCUCGUUAUGACAUGGACCGGUUCGGAGUGGUGUUCAGGGCCAGCCCCAGACAGGCCGACGUCAUGAUUGUGGCAGGCACCCUGACCAACAAGAUGGCCCCCGCUUUGCGCAAGGUUUAUGACCAGAUGCCUGAACCAAGAUAUGUAAUUUCCAUGGGAAGCUGCGCCAAUGGGGGUGGCUACUACCACUACUCUUACGCAGUGGUCAGAGGGUGUGACCGCAUCGUACCAGUGGACAUAUACGUUCCAGGCUGCCCUCCCACAGCAGAGGCCCUUCUCUACGGGACGCUCCAGUUGCAGAAGAAAAUAAAGAGAGAGAAGAAAAUGAGGAUUUGGUAUCGCAAGUGAAAUUCUCUCUCUGGCUGUUUGUAAAUGUUGUAUUUAAUGGGUGGUCUGGCCACCCAGUAAACCGGUAGGCAAUAUCCUCAGGAGUCACUCUGGGUAUUCUCUGGCUCCUCUUCUCUGUAUAAACAAUUAAAUUCAUUUCUUGUCGUUA